AUUUUUUGUUUGCACAUUGCAUCGCUAGUCAUUUUCUUAAGUUUUCGAAGUAGAUUUUUGUAUUCGGCAUUCAAAUUAUUGAUUCGAGUGUUAUUAUAGUAAUAAAUAAAAAAUAUUUUUAUUGUGUCGUGUUAGAAUGAGAUAUCACGAUUUUGAAUAACAGGCACUUGAACAGCACAGAAUACUUUUUAGAUUGUUAUUCAUUUUAAUUCGAUGGUGACGAUGACUUCAAAAUAUAUUUUAAUUUUGUCGUUUGCUGCAUUUGCCAGUGUGGAUUGUUUGGAAAAUGGACUCGCUCGAACGCCUCCCAUGGGAUGGAUGCAUUGGCAAAGAUUUAGGUGUCUCAUAGAUUGCGAAAUUUAUCCAGACGAAUGCAUCAGUGACAAACUCUUUCGCACGAUGGCAGACCAUAUGGUGGACGACGGUUAUCUAGCUGCUGGUUACGAAUAUAUCAUGAUAGACGAUUGUUGGUCUGCCAAAGAAAGGGAUUCCAACGGUAGACUGCAGCCCGAUCCAGACAGGUUUCCUUAUGGAAUAAAAAAUUUGUCGGACUACAUCCACAGUAAAGGUCUGAAAUUUGGAAUGUACGCCGAUUACGGAACCAAAACCUGCGCCGGCUAUCCCGGAAGUAUCCUCCAUCUUGAACAAGACGCCAACACAUUCGCUGAAUGGGAAAUUGACUAUUUAAAAUUCGACGGAUGUUAUUCCGAUUGGCAAUUCGUCGAUGUGGGAUAUAUUCAAAUGAGUAAAUACUUGAACGCUACAGGACGUCCCAUUGUAUACUCCUGCAGUUGGCCAGCAUAUCAAGAACCAAACGAUAUGAAAUCAAAUUACACAAGUCUGGCUGAAGCUUGCAACCUUUGGAGGAACUGGGAUGACAUCGACGACGGCUGGGCCAAUGUCACAGGUAUAUUGGAUUGGUUCAGUGCUAACCAGGACCGUAUCGCUCCGUUUUCGGGUCCAGGACAUUGGAAUGACCCUGACAUGCUUAUUAUCGGCAACUACGGUCUGAGUUUCGAACAAAGCAAAGCCCAAAUGGCCAUCUGGGCGGUAAUGGCGGCUCCUCUAAUAAUGUCGGUUGAUUUGAGAACGAUCGAACCACAAUUCAGGGAUAUCCUUCAGAAUAAAGACGUAAUUGCUGUCAAUCAAGAUCCCUUGGGCGUAAUGGGAAGACUGGUUUUGAAGAGGAAUAACAUCGAUGUAUGGACAAAACCGUUGUUGGCUAAGAAAAAAGGUGGCCGAGCAUAUGCGAUAGGUAUAAUGAGUCGUAGAGUUGAUGGUUAUCCGUAUAGGCUGGGAUUUACUCUUAAAGAACUCAAUAUAACCAACACUAAAGGUUUUCACGUCAAAGACCUGUUCAAUAAAUCCCAGAAGUCAUAUUCAGUGUCUGAUAGCGAGACAAUCUUUUUAAGGGUCAAACCUACGGGUGGAAUAUUACUAUUUGUCACUCCAAAAUGACGAUUUUAUUGACUGUUUAUAAUUA